UCAGCUCUCUUUCAACUCACAAACAUAUGCGAAUAGACUCGAAUCACGUUCUCACUCAACCAAUCGAUUCUACUGAAGAAUGGCCGAGCCAGUUGUGGCUGCAAUCUUGCAACAGUUGGCAACCAUUAUUGAUCGAGAGGUAAGGGAAGGGGUUAAGCUGGUGGUGGGUGUGGAGAAGGAAGUCCGAAGACUGAGCAGCAAUCUCAGCGCCAUUGAAGCUGUUCUUGAAGACGCCGAGAAGAAACAGCUCAAGGAUGCGGCUGUCAAAGAUUGGCUAGCUAAGCUCAAAGAGAUAUCUUACGACAUGGACAAUUUGGUGGAUGAAUGGAACACUGCAAUCACGAAAAAACAAAUCGCUAGUGGUGAAAACGCUCCUCUUCAUGGAAAGGUACUCUCUUCGAUCCUCCGCCCUUGUGUUUCUCUGGCUCACUCUUGUUUUCGAUAUGGUAUUGCUCGUAAAAUUAAGGAAAUGGAUGAGAGAUUGAGUGUGAUUGCGGUAGAGAAAGAUAGGUUUAAUUUUAGUCAUAUAAGAGGAGCAGAAGAACCUGAGCGACUUAGAACGACAUCGUUUUUUGAUGAAUCUGAAGUACGGGGUAGGGAUGGGGAGAAAGCUUUGGUGUUGACAGAGUUAUUGUCAGGUAGUCAAAGCCCUAGUCAACCUUAUAUCAUGUCUGUUGUGGGGAUGGGUGGAAUUGGCAAGACCACUCUUGCCCAACUUGUAUACAAUGAUAAAGAGGUGAUUAGAUAUUUUGACAGAAGGAUUUGGGUGUGUGUCUCUGAUCCAUUCGAUGAGGUCAAGGUUGCCAAAGCAAUCCUUCAAUCCCUUAACGGAGAUUCUCCGAAUUAUACCGAGUUCGAGACUAUUCUGGUUAAAAUACAUGAAGCUAUCGUGGGCAACAAGUUCCUUCUCAUCCUAGAUGAUGUUUGGACUGAAGAUCGUGCAAGAUGGGAACCACUGCACCAUUGUCUCAAGUGUGGUGCACAGGGAAGUAGAAUUUUGGUUACCACCAGGAAAGAAACGGUUGCAUUGAUGAUGGAGACGAAUUACAGAGUCACCUUGGAGAGUUUGUCUGAGAAAGAUUGCUGGUCUUUGUUUGGUCGGAUUGCUUUUUUUGGAAGACGUGACGAAGAGCGUGAAAGCUUAGAAGAUGUUGGCAAGGAAAUUGUUAAAAAAUGUAAAGGCUUGCCUUUAGCUGCAAAAACCCUUGGGAGCCUCUUGCGGUUUAAGAGAACUAGAGAAGAGUGGCAGAGUGUUAUGAACAGUGAGUUAUGGGAACUAGAAGAGGCUGAAAAAGGUAUUUUCCCUCCAUUAUUGUUGAGUUAUUAUGAUUUGCCAUCCACAUUGAGGCGCUGUUUCUCAUACUGUGCUGUGUUCCCUAAGGACUACAAGAUAGAGAAAGAUAGGUUGAUUAAGUUGUGGAUGGCACAAGGUUAUAUAAGGCCAAGAGGGAGUCAAAGGGUGGACAUAGUUGCCCAAGAAUACUUUGAUCACCUAGCAAUGCGCUCUUUCUUUCAGGAUUUUGAGAAGGACGAGGAAGGUGAUAUUGUCAUAUGCAAAAUGCAUGACAUAGUGCAUGAUGUUGCUCAGUUUUUAACCAAGAACGAGUGUCUAUUGAUUGAAGUCAAUGUAAGGGGAGAACCCAAAUUGAACCUUUGUUUUCAAAAAGCAUGUCAUUCCACAAUGAUACUUCCAAGUGGUGCACCAUUUCUCGUUUCUCCUUAUGAUGGUAAAAAAUUGCGUAGUCUGUUGCUUCAAUUUAUUGGAAGGCCUUCUAUCAGUGCUGAGGCUCUACAUGAUUUAUUUGAUCAACUAACAUGUUUAAGGGCAUUGGAUUUACAUGAUAGUUUAAUUGAAGAACUUCCACGGGAGAUAGGAAAAUUGAGACAUUUGAGGUUUCUUGAUUUGUCGUACAAUGUGAAGUUAAAAGUUUUACCAGAAUCCCUUUGUGACUUAUGUAACCUUCAGUCCUUGAAUAUCUCGGGCUGUAAUUAUCUUAAGAGUCUACCAUGUGGAAUUGGAAAACUAAUCAACUUAAGGUUUAUAGAUAAUUCCCAAACUGUACAUCUGAGCUUCAUACCACAAGGAAUUGGGAGAUUAACUUCUCUUCAGAGGUUAACAAUGUUCUUUGUCACUGGUAAAGGCAAAAAACAUGGAGCAUCCACUCUUGCAGAUUUAAAGUACUUAAACCAUCUUCAAGGGACUUUACAGAUAGGAGGGCUGGGAAAUGUAGCAAAUGUUGCAGAGGCUAAGAAAGCAGAACUUCUGAGUAAGAAAUACCUAGCAAAAUUGCAGUUAAGUUUUGAUGGAAAGGAAGCAAACUCCAGGAUGAUUCAUGACAGCAAACUUCUGGAAGCCUUAGAGCCACCUCCAGAUUUGAAGUGUCUUUCAAUUCAGUUCAAUGAAGGCAAGAUAGUUUCACCUAAUUGGAUGAUGUCAUUAGCCAAGUUGAAAGAACUAAAACUGAUUCAAUGUAACAACUGUGAGCAUUUACCUCCACUGGGGAAACUGUUAUCCCUUGAGUCACUUGUUGUAUCAGGGAUAAGAAGAGUGAAAAAUGUCGGAAUUGAAUUUUUGGGAAUCAAAGUCGAUGGUGCCGCAAACAACCCUUCCAUUGUUGCCUUCCCUAACUUGAAGCUACUCAAAUUUGGGUACAUGGAUGAGUGGCAAGAAUGGGAUUUCAGAUCCCACUAACAGCAAA